GGACCGGAAGUGGCUCCCUCCGGCCUCCCAGACGCCUCCGGGGCCGGGCCAGGACAGGCCCCAAGCAGACCCAGGCCCAGAACUAGGCCGCAGCGCGGCGGACGCAGAGAUGUCGGGCAGGAACAACAACAAGCUGCCCGGUAACCUGCCCCAGCUCCAGAACCUCAUCAAGCGGGACCCGUCCGCCUACGCCGAGGAGUUUCUGCAGCAGUACAACCACUACAAGUCCAAUGUGGAGAUUUUCAAGCUGCAGCCGGAUAAACCCAGCAAGGAACUGGCCGAACUGGCGAUGUUCUUGGCCCAGGUGGGGCACUGCUAUCCGGAACACCUGGCCGACUUCCCCCAGCACCUCAAAGACCUGCUGAGGUACAACCACACCCUCCUGGAUCCCGAUCUUCGGAUGACGUUUUGCAAAGCUCUGAUCUUGCUGAGAAACAAGAACCUCAUCAACCCAACCAGUUUGCUGGAGCUCUUCUUCGAACUCCUGCGCUGCCACGACAAGCUCCUGCGCAAGACGUUGUACACUCAUAUCGUGACUGACAUCAAGAAUAUAAACGCCAAGCACAAGAACAACAAAGUGAACACGGUCCUGCAGAACUUCAUGUACACCAUGCUGAGGGACAGCAACGUCAUCGCCGCCAAGAUCUCCCUGGACGUGAUGAUCGAGCUCUACAAGAGAAACAUCUGGAACGACGCCAAAACGGUGAACGUGAUCACCACCGCGUGCUUCUCCAAGGUCACAAAGAUCCUGGUGGCCGGUUUGAAGUUCUUCCUGGGGAGGGACGAGGACGAGAAGCGAGAGAGCGAUUCCGAGUCUGAGGACGAAGGGCCGACGGCCAGGGACUUUCUCAUAAAAUAUGCCACCGGAAAAAAAUCUUCCAAGCACAAGAAGAAGUUGGAAAAGGCCAUGAAAGUCCUGAAAAAACAGAAGAAGAAGAAGAAGCCGGAAGUGUUCAACUUCUCAGCCAUUCACCUGAUCCAUGAUCCCCAAGACUUCGCGGAGAAACUCCUCAAGCAGCUGGAGGGCUCCAAGGAGAGGUUCGAAGUGAAGAUGAUGCUGAUGGACCUCAUCUCCCGACUGGUGGGAAUCCAUGAGCUCUUCCUCUUUAACUUCUACCCCUUCUUACAACGCUUCCUGCAGCCCCACCAGAGAGAAGUGACCAAGAUCCUUCUCUUCGCCGCCCAGGCCGCCCACCAGUUGGUCCCCCCGGAGAUCGUCCAGUCGGUGCUGACGACCGUGGCCAACAACUUCGUGACGGACAAGAACUCGGGGGAGGUGAUGACCGUCGGGAUUAACGCCAUUAAAGAGAUAACGGCCAGGUGUCCGCUGGCCAUGACGGAAGACCUUCUCCAGGACUUGGCUCUCUAUAAGACCCACAGGGAUAAGAACGUGAUGAUGUCCGCCCGGACCCUGAUCCAGCUGUUCCGGACGCUGAACCCCCAGAUGCUCCAGAAGAAGUUCAGGGGUAAACCAACGGAGGCCUCCACGGAGGCCAGGAUCCAAGAGUACGGCGAAUUAGAUGCCAAAGAUUACAUCCCAGGGGCAGAGGUUUUGGAGGUCGAGCAAGAGGACGCCGACGGAGACGGAUGGGAGAGCGCCAGCCUCGGCGAAGAGGACGACCAGGACGGCGAAUGGAUCGACGCGCAUCGCUCGUCCGACGAAGAGCGGCGGGCGGCGGCGGAGGAGCAGCCGGAGGGCACGCCCGCCGAGGAACGCAAAGCCAAGGCCACGGCCGUCAGCGCCAGCCGGGUCCUGAGCCAGGAGGACUUCCGGAAAAUCCGCCUGGCCCAGCUGAGGCGCGAGGUGGACGCCGCCCCCGGGAAGGCCCAGAAGAGGAGAGACGUCGAAAUGGACAGCGACGAGGAGAGCAGGGGCGAGCUGCUCUCUCUGCGGGACAUCGAGCACCUGCAUAAGAAACCCAAGUCCGACAAGGAGACCAGAUUGGCAACGGCGAUGGCCGGGAAGACGGACCGGAAGGAGUUCGUGAAGAAGAAGACCAAGGUCAACCCGUUCUCCAGCUCCACGAAUAAAGAGAAGAAGCGGCAGAAGAACUUCAUGAUGAUGAGAUACAGUCGCAACGUCCGGUCCAAGAACAAGCGUUCCUUCAGGGAGAGGCAGCUGGCCCUCCGGGACGCCCUUUUGAAAAAGAGGAGACGGCCGAUCAAGUGAGCGUCGGGGAGCGGAGAUGGAGGACUGCGUCCGCGGGGACCCGGGCGCCCGAGGGAGCUCUCUGCAGAGAACUGAAGGACGACCCCCGGGUUUUGGGGAGCGGGGGGCCCCCUCGCCUCGUUAUCCCACGCGGAGCCGCGCCCGGGGGCCGCUCUGCGUGGAGAUGGGGUUGCCCGACGACCAGGGACGGCAUCGGGUCGACGGCUUCGUCCGCGCCGCUCUCGCGCGAGGGAACGAGAAAGGAAAGGAGACGGUCGGGCUCGGAGAUCGACCGAGAGGAAAAGCGGUUCCUUGGCUCUCUCCCGCCCCCCGGAUCUCCCUUUUCCUCCCCGAGGUCAGCUCUCUGCGGCCAGUCGUGUGGGAAAACGACACCGCGCCUCUCUCCCCCCGUCCCCCGUCUCUGAAUUUUCUGAUCCCCUGGGUUGGCUCGGGCCCGGGGGGGGAGAUGAGGCGUCCCGAAGACGGGAGAUGCAGGCUCAAUAAAUAAGCGCGCGGAUAACGA